AAGAUUUGAACAUCCUGUGACUUUCUCUGAAACCGGUUAUUUUUGCACGAAAUUUCUUCCUCAUCGACGACAACAAACCAACAGAUGAUAUCUACAAGAUGACUGCUGAAACAGAAGGUUCAAGUGAACCGGUUAUUUUAGCCACAGCAGGAUACGAUCAUGCGAUUAAGUUCUGGCAAGCACACAGUGGAAUAUGCCACCGCACUGUACAGCAUCCAGACUCUCAAGUCAAUGCAAUGCAGAUCACACCUGAUAGACAGUUGUUAGCUGCUGCAGGAUAUCAACACAUACGCAUGUAUGAUAUCAAUUCAAGCAAUCCUAGUGCUGUUGUGAAUUAUGAUGGUGUAUCUAAGAAUGUGACUGCUGUGGGAUUUCAUGAGGAUGGUAAAUGGAUGUUCACUGGUGGGGAGGACUGUUCAGCCAGAAUAUGGGACUUGAGGUCUCAUAAUUUACAGUGUCAAAGAGUGUUUCAAGUGAAUGCUCCAGUAAACUGUGUUUGCCUUCAUCCAAAUCAGGGUGAGCUUAUUGUUGGUGAUCAAAGUGGUGCAAUUCACAUGUGGGAUCUUAAAACAGAUCACAAUGAGCAGUUGAUUCCAGAACCAGAUGCCUCCAUCUUGUCUAUCAGCAUUGAUAGAGAAGCUUCUUACAUGGCAGCUGUCAAUAAUCAGGGUAACUGCUAUGUUUGGAGCUUAACUGGAGGUACAAAAGAUGACCCAACCAUGCUUCACCCCAGGACAAAAAUUCCUAAGGCACAUAAAAGAGCAGCUUUAAAGUGCCUUUUUAGUCCAGACUCAUGCUUUCUAGCCACAACAUCUGCAGACACAACAGUCAAUAUUUGGCAGACUGCAGAUUUCUCCCUUAAAAAAACUCUGAAAGAAACUAAUCAAAGAUGGGUUUGGGAUUGUGCCUUCUCUGAGGAUUCACAGUACCUUAUCACAGCAUCCUCUGAUAACAUGGCUCGGCUGUGGAAUCUUGAUCAGGGGGAGGUGGUUCGAGAGUACAGUGGACAUCAGAAGGCUGUGGUUGCUCUUGCAUUUAGAGAUGCCCAUGCUGUUUGACAAUCAAUUAAAUAGAGAAAAAAAAUUUUAUGUAAAAUAGAGAAAAAAUUUUGUCAUGCAUUUUGUUCUCCUUUUAGUCAAAAUGGAGUCCCUUAAGGCCACAGGGUGAAUUGGGGCCAGGUUUUGAUAUGUAUACCUAUUUGUUCAUGCCAUACUAAGCUUCCCUUUGCUAAUUACUUUAACUUUACAUCAUUUACUUGUAUUACUUUCUGUCAAAUCAAGUCUUGAAAGAAGUUUAAUAAAAUGUUUUUAUUUUG